GCGUUAGUUAUUGUAAUUGCAGUGGUGCUCUCUCUCUCUCUCUCUCUCUCUCUCUCUCUCUCUCUCUCGCUGCGUUUGAUUGCUUCUUUUGCAUUUUAGGGAGAGAAAAAGAGUGUAAAGAGUACUUUUUUCAGAAAGAGAGAGGAGAAGAAAAGGGAGGGGAUGAGAGAGACUUAUGGAGUCCAACCUCCUCCACCCCGGACCCCGGAUCCAGUCGCCGGAGAUGCCGUCUCCGACGAUGGGACGGAUCGGCUCAGGACUUACCAAGUCUGGAAAGGCAGCAAUAUAUUUUUCCUUAAAGGGAGGCUUAUAUUCGGACCUGACGCAAGAUCCCUUCUGCUAACCAUAUUUCUUAUUGUUGCUCCAGUUGCUAUUUUUUGCGUCUUUGUAGCAAGAAAGCUGAUGGAUGAUUUUCCUCAUCAUUGGGGAAUAUCAAUUGUAGUCAUUGUCGUUGUACUCACAUCAUUUGAUUUAAUCCUUCUUCUGCUAACCUCAGGAAGAGAUCCUGGUAUAAUACCUCGUAAUGCUCAACCUCCAGAAUUAGAAGGUUGUGAAGGGCACACUGAAGGGACAACAGGCCAAACUCCACCUUUUCGUUUACCAUGGACAAAGGAUGUUAUCAUCAAUGGAAUAAUUGUGAAGACCAAGUACUGUGACACGUGCAUGCUUUAUAGGCCUCCACGCUGUUCUCAUUGUUCAAUAUGUAAUAACUGUGUGGAAAGAUUUGAUCAUCACUGUCCUUGGGUUGGUCAAUGCAUUGGAUUGAGGAAUUACCGGUUCUUCUUCAUGUUUGUGUUCUCUGCAACUCUUCUUUGCUUUUAUGUACAUGGAUUUUGUUGGGUUUACAUCAAGAGGAUCAUGAAUAGUGAGGAGACAACAAUUUGGAAAGCAAUGACAAAGACUCCUGCUUCCAUUGUGCUAGUAGUUUACACCUUUAUAUCUGUUUGGUUUGUUGGUGGCCUUAGUGUGUUCCAUUUGUAUCUAAUCAGUAAAAACCAGUCUACUUAUGAAAAUUUUAGAUAUCGAUAUGUUGGACUAGCCAACCCAUUUGACAAAGGAUUGUUUCAGAACUUCUUGGAGAUCUUUUGCUCUAGCAUUCCUCCAUCUAAGAAUAAUUUCAGGACAAAAGUUUGCAAGGAGCCUGAAAUUCCACCCAGAAUGGGUAGUUUUGUGGGUGCAAACAUAGAAAAAUCUGUAGGUGACAUAGAGAUGGGGAGGAAGCCUGUAUUGGAUGACAUUGCAAGAGAAGGGGGUGAUUAUGAUAGAGCAAGAAGGAAUGGUGACAGUCGGGGUGAGGAUGGUGGAUUGACUGAUGUUUCUCCGGAUUUAAGCAGGAUCCUUCCCCCACAGGGUUUGGAAGGACGUAGCGUCUUACACUCCAGGCGCUCUAGGAUGGGCAGAAAAAGUGGAAGCUGGGAAAUAUCACCUGAUGUUCUUGCUUUAGCAGCUGGAGCUGGGGAGUCAAAGCAGGUCAACAGUGGCAACUUAAUGUCAGAAUCCAAGUCUCAGGCAAAUACCAAGAUGUAAAGUAAAGAAGAAGAAGAAUCACUAAAUCCAUGUGAUUGUGAAGGGGAAAAAAAAAACAUUAAAAAAAAAAAAGGAAGCAGAAGGGAAGUUUGGGGGCGGGGUAGGGGGGUGGUUUUAGAAGUGGGGGAGAGAGGAUGAUUUGUUUUGUAUUGUAAGAUUUUGCUCGUGGGUGUGAGGUUUUUUUUUUUUUUUUUUUUGAUAAGCAAAACAAUUUUAUCAAUAAAUUAUCUUGGAAAAACUUUGCAUGCAAUAUCCAACUAAUAUCUGGUCAUUAGACCUCUGCAAGACAUCCAUCCUAAGACAAAGCAUGCUAAGUGAAAAAAUCUGGGGAAGUGCACGAUAUAAAGCAUACCAAGACAACCAACAAAAGGAUUACGAAAAGAGGGUCCCUAAAUACAACAUGCAAGAAUGAUGGUUCAAUAGAUAAAAUGAAACAAAGCAAAACCAUCAAGGAACCCUGCAUGGUCAGCAAAGGCCAAACUAGAUUACAGAAAAAUGCAACACGUCCUUGGAUUGUAGAAGACCACCAAGAUUAGAUAAGCCAAAUUCAAUUGUGGGUGUAAGGUUUAGGCUGUUGUAAUUCUUCCCAAAUGAGAUUUAUGCCAUUGGGAGCUUUUAAAAUUUCCUUGCCCUCCAUUUACGUUUGCAUAGUUGAGUCUUGGAGUUAAAUUAUUGCGAAUGACAAUUGAUUCCUGCAUUUGCAGGGAGUAGGUGUCAGGUUGCUGGUUGAACUCAGAUAUGUUGUCACCAAUUCGAUGAGAACUAAAAACUUCCAAAAUGCAAAAGCCUUGGGCCCAAUAGCUAAUAAAGUGAUGAGUAAUGUAAGAUCCUAGAGAGAAUUUCUCUAUUUUUUCGUUUCUUCUUCAAUUAGUCGAUCGCCCCUCCUUUACUAGGGGUUUUUUUUUUGCCCCUUCCAGGCAGAGGAGGUUCUUUCCCUGCUCCGGGCAGGGAAGGAUCUUUCUUGCUCCGAAAUGUGGGUUAACCCUCCCCUUUUUCCAGGCUGGGUUGUAUAUAUGUUUUUUCAGUUUUCUUUUGGUAGCAAAUAUUGUGCUAAGAUUGUUGAGGAUAUUUCGAUCUACUUGGUUGGGUUAUUGCUUUUAUGCAAAUGGUGACUGAAGACUUUAGAAAAGGUGGUUCAAGUGCUCCAGAGGUGGGAUAUCAUCUCUGACCCUAAGUGGGUUGGUUACAAUGUUUCUGCUUCUUCUGGGGUUUCGGUCGAAGGAUAGUAAUCUCAUCGAGUGUCAAGUGCCGGCCUUGCAUGUGUGGCUCGCUCCCUAUGGCUAUAAGAGAUUGAGAAGCCAUAAAACUCUACCAUGCUCGCCUCCUAAAGUCGUUGCUAGUUUGCUCUGUUUCAGGCCUCAUGGGACCUGGUUUUAUGGUUAAAUGAAGAGCUUCAACUCUACUUUCUAGAUGCUCUCUUGAAGCCUGGUUCUUAAGGGUGUUGCCUCAAUUUUUGAUUCUCUGGGGCUGUGGCUUACUGUUGAUACUGAAGGAGUGAGGGCGGGAAAGAUGGUCCUAAGCUCCUCAACCUUGUUUUCUUUUUAAUCUAGGCUUUGAGUUCUUGUGUUGGAUUAGGGCGUAUGGCCUAUUUAAAUCUCCUACUCUACUUUUAUUGUAGGCUUUAGGCCAUGUAUUUUCUUUGAUUAUCAAUAAAAUUGUAACUUUGAAAGAAAAAAAAAAAAAAAGAAUAAUCGUUAGAGACCGAUGAGUUUAAGAAA